UGGAUUAUACCUCGCAUGUAAACGCUGUUAAUUCUUCUUUGUGGAUUUUCUUUUCUUUUUUUUGUAAUUGAAGAUAUAGAGCAUGUUAACUACAUAAGAGCAUGAAAAUAACUCUGUCUGUAAACAAAAUAGAUGAUUAUGUCGGAGAGAAUUUCAUUGAUGGAAGAUGAUUCACAACGCUACUUUAUUCAGUCUGUGUGUGUUGAUCAUGAAUGGUGUGUUUGGUGAUACAGAUGUACUUAAGUCAGUAUCAGUGUCUGAGGGAGAUUCUGUCUCUUUACACACUGAUGUUACUGAAGUACAGAGAGACGAUCAGAUUCUGUGGAUGUUUGGACCUAAAGAGACGAGAAUAGCACAAAUCUAUAAGAACAGCAUUGAUAUGUAUGACAAUAAUGAGGCAUUUGGUGACAGACUCCAGAUGGACAAUCAAACUGGAUCUCUGAGCAUCAGAAAAAUCAGAACUGAACACUCCGGACUUUAUAAACUACAGAUCAUCAGCAACAGAGGAACUUCAUACAAGAGAUUCAAUGUUUCUGUCUAUGCGCUUCUUCCCAUUCCCAUCAUCAUCAGAAACUCUUCUCAAUGUUCUUCAUCUGAAAGAUCAACAAAUCACAGUUGUUCACUGCUGUGUUCAGCUGUGAAUGUGAGUGCUGUGACUCUCUCCUGGUACAAAGGAAACAGUUUAUUGUCCAGCAUCAGUGUGUCUGAUCUCAGCAUCAGUCUCUCUCUACCUCUGGAGGUGAAAUAUCAGGAGAACAACAUCUACAGCUGUGUGAUCAACAAUCCCAUCACAAACCAGACCACACAUCUCAACAUCACUCAACUCUGUCACACAUGUGCAGAAUGGUUUCUUCUAAAUAAAGUUCUUGCUGCAUCUGUGUCUGCUGUAGUUCUGGUUGUAGCUCUCGUGAGUGUGAUGUACUUUCUCUACAGGAAACGCAGAAGGGUGGCACAAAAAAGAAAUGGUAAUACAGUGAAAACAGUCCAGACAGAAGAUGAAGAGAUACAAUAUGCUGAAACUGGAUUUUUUAGACAAAAUGAACAAAAAAAGAAAGCUAAUGGGACAGAUGACACAAUAUACUCCAGGAUUGUCAUGCGACACUGAUCAAACUGUUGCAUUUACGUUGUCUGGAUUUGUCUACUAACCAGGCAUUCGAUUAGAGGAGAGGAAGAUGAAGAACUCAAACCCCUGAAAGUCUAAAAUCAUUCAGGAAGCAAAAGCAUAAACUUGGUUUGAGGACGUCCCCUGGUGGUAGAAAUAUGUCUA